AUGACUGUAAAAAAUUCUAUUCUGGCUUCUUCCAAAUGGAAUCAUGGUAUCAAUAUUGGCAAAAAACCAGAAGAGCUGAAAAUUGAAAUGAAGAAUAAAUUUUUGGCUAGAAGACUGAAUUAUAUUCUUUAACCUAUUCAGCCAGGUAUUGAUAGCUAUCAUAAAUUGUUGCAUGAAUUACUUUGCAAAACUUAAAUUAACGAAACUAUUGUUGACAUCUAUAUUGAGGAAGAAAAGUUUGAUUAAGGAGUAUAAAGCUCAGUAUUCAGGAUCGUUGAAGGCAGAGAUGAUAAAAAGAAAAGAAAAUUAGUUGGGAAGAUCCCUAUUGAAGCAGGAGAAGAUUCAAGAGAAUAUGCAAGAAUCAAGACCAGAUAACUUUUAAUCAGUAGCAUUAUCUCUAGACUUUAUAGAUAGAAACUCAUCUCACAUGAAAGACUCUUAAAUGAGGCUAUCCAUCUAUAGUACCCUCUUCCUAUAAUCUAUGAAUUGAUGGGAGAUCAAAAAUUCAAAGGCCAUAACUACAUUUUUGCUGAGCCAUCUCUGGAGAAAAAUGAUUCAUCUUGGCAAAAAUAUGGAAAUAAUCUCUUCAAUAUCUCAUCCUAAAAAUUCUCAUUAUUCACACAUUUCAGCUACGUAGCAAGUGAUAAAGAACUAAUUAUAACAGACCUAUAAGGAGUUGAAAACAAUCUUUCUGAUCCAGCAAUUCACACCUUUAAUAAACGACCAUUUAUGCUAGAAGAUGGACUUAAUUUCAGAUAAACUGGAUUUUUAGCAUACUUCAAAGAUUAGCAUGCUUAAUGUACAGAUCUCUGCAAAAUCAUGGAAAUUGAUCAUAUAAGAUACAAUUUCUAAAAUGGGCGUUCUGCAGGUCUAAUAAAUCCUGCUAAUCAAACAAAAAAAUCAGAAGUAAUAGAAGAAGAAGAAGUAAAAUUCAAUGAUAAGCUGAAAUAUUAUUGUGAACUUUGCAUGGGAUUUGAUGAAAUAGACAGAAAAGAUUUCAAGAAUCUCAUCAAAGAAUAGAAAACAGACUUACCAGACUUUGAUCUAUUACUUUGCAGUAAAUGCCAUUUAUAAGCUAAAGAUAAAACUAAUUAUGAACUUAUGAAAUGUAACAAUUGUGAAAUUGAAACGUCAUUCAAUACUUUUAUUAGAUCAUUUUUAAACCAAGGCAAACCUGAAUACUGCAGUGACUGUCUUAAAAUAAUCGAUUUUAUUUGUGUUAAUGAAAAUUGUAGCAACAAAGAAUGUUUUAUUAAGAAAAAAGACACAAUUAAGAGAAAAUCUAAGAUUAAUGGGAAGAAUUAAGAAUUAAUUAUGGAGAUUUGUCUUGAUUGCUAUAAAAAAGGUGUUAGAUUUGAAUGCUUCAAAUGUAGAAUAGAUAAUAAAGAAAUUACUAAAGGAAAUGAAGCAGAGUUUCUUGGUAUACUUCAAUAUAAGAAAUUUAUCUGCUUGGCUUGUUAUAGGGCAUAUAAUGCUGAAAAAAUAAAUUGUAACGGCAACGGUUGUAAGAAAGUUUUACCAAGAUUAUACUUAAUUUUUAAGGAUAGAGAUAUUCCUGGAAAAAAUUACUGUGAUGAUUGUGUAAAUAAGGUUGAUUUAGAGAUAGAAGACUUUUGA